GGUCAGCACCGGGCGCUGCCGGUAGCGUGCGCCGGGCUCGUCUCCUCACUGCGAGAGACCUGCUCAGCCGCUCGACUCCGGCUGCCCCGCAGCUCCGGACCCUGCCCCCGCGACGUGCCCUGGUCUGGGGCGGGGGGGCUCGAGAACCCACCCAGCUCUUCCGUUCCCGCCUGUAACGAUAUAAGGGGCUGAGGGGCCGGCCGGUCUGAGCAACGAGCUGCCUGUGCCUGGCUGGGGGCUCCCCUGUAUGGGGGGGACACCAGUGCAGCCUCCGUGUGGCUGGGGAGUGCCCCAUGGCCAGCUCCCCGCGAGGGUGGGUGGGUUGAGGGGUCGCGUUGGAGAGUGAGCGCCCUUGGCCGCAAAGGGUGCCAGGCACAGGUAAGAUCCUCGCCUUGCGCGUGGUUUGCUGUCAGCACUUUGCAAUACCGGCUAUGGCGGCUGCUCUCCUAAAGCUGCUUCCUCUAGACCCAGGGGACGAAGGCACGCAAAGAUGCAGGAUGGGACCUGCCACGUUAUCCACUCUGGGAGCCAGGCUCGGAUCCCUCCUUAGGAUCACGGUUCCUGGUGGCUGCUGUUUGUGCACCGCCUGGCCCAGAAAUGAUUUGGCUGAUGGUUACCUGCAGCUUGAUCUGAAAUGUAAAACUUCAGGUUUAGCUGCAAGCAAGUUGAAAGGUCUCGUGCUGAGUGUCAGUCACUUGAAGCUUUUGGCCUGUCACCGGUUGAGAAAAGUAACAGUGAAAGUGGUCCUUAAGAACCUUGCCCUGAAAAAAUCCACCCCAGAAGCAACACUACAGGAGAUAGUCAAAGAGCUGCUGAGAAAUGUGUAUGUUUCUCUUCACCAUGUUGUUACUGCUGCCCCAAUUCCUGGAAAUCCAGUAGUGUGUGUUGAAAUACUGGCUGUAGAUGCUUCGACAGAACAAGCUGGCCUGAUAGCUCCCAAAACUAAUAUAAACAUUAAAGAAGUAGUCACUUUAGAAUGGUACAGACACUUGUCAAAGGACACCGCAAAAAUUUCAGCUGCAGGAAUGGAUGAUUUGGGCAGCUCUUUGAAAGAGAUGAUUGUUUUGCCUUUCCAUUUUCCCAAAACCUUCAAGAAGUUGGGUCUUUCUGUCCCUCGUGGAGUACUGUUGGUGGGCCCUCCAGGUGUGGGGAAGACUCUUCUCAUAAAGGCAGUUGCAAGGGAAGUGGGGGCGUAUUUGCUUUGCAUCAGUGGUCCAGCUAUAUAUGGCUCAAGGCCUGGAGAAAGUGAAGAGAAUUUGCGAAGAGUUUUUGAACAAGGCAGGGAAUUGUCCAGUGAAGGACCAACCAUUCUCUUUAUUGAUGAAAUUGACUCUUUGUGCCCUAAACGGGGAAGUUCAAACAGCAUCCCUGAAAAUCGUAUUGUUGCUCAAUUGUUAACUCUUAUGGACGGCAUAGGCAGUGAAAAUGAGAUGGUCGUCAUGGCAGCAACAAACAGGCCCGAUGCCUUAGAUCCUGCACUGAGAAGACAUGGUAGAUUUGACCGAGAGGUUAUCAUUGGGACACCAACACUUAAACAGAGAAGGUCUAUUCUACAGUUGAUUACUUCUAAUAUGCCUAUUUCCACUGAUGUUGAUUUGAUCAACCUAGCAGAAAUGACAACUGGAUAUGUUGGAGCUGAUCUUACGGCACUCUGCAGAGAAGCUGCUAUGCAGGCUGUCCUCCACAGCUGUUUGGAUUCAGUUCGCACGUUGAUUAACAUGGCAGAUUUCCAUGAAGCUUUUAAAAAGAUUCAGCCAUCUUCCUUUCGAAGCAGUGUUGGACUAACUGACUUUAAACCUGUUACCUGGGAACAAAUUGGUGGUCUUGAAGAUGUGAAAUUAAAGUUAAAACAGAGUAUUGAGUGGCCUAUGAAGUUUCCUCAGGCUUUUGUGAGGAUGGGAUUGUCUCAGCCAAAGGGUAUUCUCCUAUAUGGGCCACCGGGAUGUGCCAAAACCACUCUGGUGAAGGCUGUGGCAACAAGCUGCCAUUGUUCCUUUCUUUCUGUUAGUGGUGCUGACCUUUUUUCACCUUAUGUUGGCGAUUCAGAGAAGAUUUUGUCUCAGGUUUUUCGACAAGCAAGAGCACAUACUCCAGCAAUAAUAUUCCUGGAUGAGAUUGAUUCUAUCCUAGGAUCUCGAUCAGCCUGCAAAACUGGACAUGGUGCCCCAGAGAAGGUUCUUUCUGUCCUUCUUAAUGAACUAGAUGGUGUUGGCAUUAAAGUCACAGAGAGAAGAGGAAAUAAAUUACAACUUGAAGGUGAUUGUCAAGAACAAAAUGAAAAGGAGAGACAGAUAGCGUUUCAAGAAGUUUUGAACAAAGAUGUCAUGAUAGUUGCUGCAACAAAUAGACCAGACAAGUUGGAUGAUGCCUUGUUGCGCCCUGGAAGGUUAGACAAGAUCAUCUAUAUUCCACCUCCAGAUCAGAAGGGAAGGCUUUCUAUUUUGAAAAUUUGCACAGAAAAAAUCCCAAUAGAUUCUGAUGUGUCAUUAGAACACCUAGCAGUUCAAACCAAACUCUUUUCUGGAGCCGAUAUUGAAAAUCUCUGCAAGGAGGCUGCUUUGCAGGCAUUACAAGAGAAUGGACUUGAAGCAACUAGUGUGAAACAUGAGCAUUUUGUAAAAUCACUGAAGACUGUAAAACCAUCAUUAACCCUCACAGAUUUGGAUUUUUAUGAAAAAUUAUUUAAUAAGGAAGUAUCCUCUUAAAUCAGAAAAAUUUGAAGAAUGACAUGCAAAAAUUGGUGGGUUUUUUUAAUCUGUUAUAUAAUCUUUUAUAAAUGCAUGAUUUUGUAUAACCCUUCUAAAAGUGACCUGCAAACAAAGGGCAGAAAAGUUUUAUGGUACCCAUUUUCCCUUCCUUACUGUAUAGAAAGAAGAAUUGAAAGGCUAUAUAUAUUCAUUCUGCUGGUUUUCGACAUAGAAGUAUUAAGCAUGGUCUUCCAUAGGACCUUCCACCUCUGAGUCCCAGUCAGUCAGCACUUCUGUGAGCCAGAAUGCAGCUCUUAAGACCAGUACCAGUAAGAGAUAUGACACAGUCUGAGAGGCCGUCCACAACCGCCAGAAAUCUUUGAGGAUUUACAUUGUAUAUUGAAAGCUGCUUUUAACUGAAGGCACAAGGUUAUUAAAUAUUAAAUGAAGAUUCAUUUUUUCCAAACCAUUAGAUGAUUGAAUUAAGUAGGUGUUAACAAAAUUAAAUUUUUAAAGUCUGAAUAAUAGUCACUUCUCAUCUCAGUAAGAUUUUUACUACUUUUGUACUGCAAUGUUGUCAUGAUCCUAUUAGCUCCCAAUGGUCCAUAGAAUAGUCUAAACUAGACAAGAACUAAAUAUCUAGUGCAAAGAAGAAAGCUUUUAGAAAAAAUAACCUUUUGUGCCAUAUUUAUACUUUAAAAAGAAAUAAAAAAAGGGGCAUAAAUUACUUUUUUCUCGUGCUGUUCACCUUUCACAUAAGGCUAUAUUUGCAAUCAUCAUUUGAAGCAUAGAUUUUUUUUUUUUCCCCCCUAUGGACUGCAACUUGCAUUAUCUUGUGUGUGUGCUGCUUUUUAAUAUUGUAUUAUAGUUUUCUGGUUUUGUAUGUAAUAUAGCAAGGUUUUACUUGUUCUAGAUUACAAAAAUCUUUCACAUUAAAGGAAAAAUAAAAGUUAACAUCUUGUUUGCAUUAAAUAUAAUAGUCUUUUUAAAGUACUGAAUUUUUCAGACAGCAUUCUUCUGAUUGAGGUCUGUUAUUGAUGUAAACUAAACUUGAAUAGCAGAGACUUGCUUAAUUUUUGGGUUCCUUACACUGUAGCUAUUACAUACUUUUCCAAAUAGCAGGACUAUACUUUAGUCUGAAUUGUAAGCCAACCCUUUCACAAAUCAAAAAAGUCUUUAUCCAGUAAUAAGCUCUAUCCUGCAUGAUAAAGUCUCUUUCUUAGGGCUUAUUUGACAGUUUAUCAAAAUUGAAUUUCCAAGUGUAGAUGAGCCCUUAGAUUAAAACUGUAAGAUAUAUAUUAGGCUGCCACAGACUUGCUUUUGUUUCAAGCAGUAUAUGUUCAACUCCUAUAAGGACUCCUUUCCUGUUGUCCCUCAGCUCCCAAAAUCAGAUUGACAGUGCAGUGGAUAUGUACUAUGGUUAUGAAUACUGUAGGAAUUGCUACAUCUUGAUUUAUGAAUAUUCAUAUGCAAUAAUGGUAUGAACACUGUAUAUGUGAGUAGGUCAGUGAGGGGAAGUUUUUUUUUUUUUUGUACUGGGUUAUAAGACUGUCCUGUGUGAAUGCAUUGUGCUAACUUGAACUUGGCUUAGUGGAAUGUUUUAUAUGUCUAUAAUGGUUGAAUUCAAUGGGAACUGUACAGGACUGCAAUAUAAUGACUUCCCAGAUAAGAAUACCUACAUACACGCCACAAGGACAGUGGAGGCCAGCUGUUAGACAUAGGAAUCCUACAUUUAGUCUCCAACAUGCCGUAAAUCUUGUUUUGCCAGGCUGGGAACUAGAGAUCAAAAGAUUAGAGUUAAGUCACCCCCCCCCCCCCCAGGCUUUUUAUCAGUGAGCUGUCUAAGCAGACAGGCUGUAUAGAGCAACCAAGGAAGGAAGGAGUCCAUAGGAAUUGGGCAUUCUGAGAUUCACAGAAUGGUAAGCAUUAGGAGAAAGUAGGCAUGGACUUCUUUCUGAUUUAUAGUUUUUAAAAUGUUUAAUCUGAAAUGGUUUUGUUCUAAAUAAAUUAUACUUUGCUUUAAGGAAGCUGAUUGGUCACUAAUUACCACUGUCGUUGCUCCAGAGGGAAUAGAACUGGGCCUCAGAUGAAGUCAGACCUAAGGUGAUCACAGCUGAUACACAGGUUACUGCCACCCAGCACCUGGUCUGAGAAUAGGAGAAAUGCAUGAUUUCACCUCAAGAAAAAGAGAAUUGCCUGAGGCCCAGAGGGAAUGUGUUCAAACAGAUCAAAGUGGAUGAAGUGUAGUUAGCCUGGUAAUUGUGAUACAGAUCAUUCUCACAAACAAGGUGCAAGAAAUAGUUCUACUGAUUUAGUGUCACUUAGAAUCUGGGGCGGCUAAAUAAAUGGCUUGGUAUAAGAGGAAAAACCUUGCGAGUGUCUAUUAUCUGAACUGACUUACUUUCACCCUUUAAUCCAUUUCCCAGAUCAUCUGCAGAAGUCACUGUCAAACAAAUAUUGCAUAUCUACAAGACAGUCCACUAGGUCUUCAGCUCAGAUAAAUUACAAUUUCAAUCAUCUAUAAAAUAACUGUCCUGCUGUCUCAAGGAUUUUUAAUUCAUAUCCGUACUUAACGCUCUAUUCUGGAUUUUAGAUACAAGAUCUUCAGGAGUAAAAGGCUUUUCUAUAAUUUAAAAAAACAAAGACUGAAGUGUCAGAGGAUCCUGAGGACAAAAUGCUUGUAUGAAUAAAGUAUAUUAAUUGCCAUUGACUGUGGGAACUGUGAGCCACUAAAGUCGUGUGUAGGUUCCUCGCAAUCUGCAAAUAUACGUGUAUCAUAUAACUUGUAUAGUAUUUUUAGCAGGAGGCGUGCCAGAAGCACUUUUGGCUAUUGCAGGUAUAUAGCAUCAUUGAAAUGAAGCUGCCAUUUGGUGGUUUGCCUAUUUUUGUGAAUUUGGGAACCCAUUUUGUCCAAAAGAAUUUUAUAUAGUCUGUUGUUGGAUCAGUAAUGAAACAAGCAGAUACCAAUACAAGCACAAACCUAUUUAAACAAAACAGUCCAGAGGUAAGUAAUAAUUGGUGCUGUUGGGAAGAGUGGUGUUUUUACUGACAAUCUUUUUGCAGUCUGAAUUUUAUCAAUCCCCAGUUUUCCUCCUACAUUCCAUCAUCCUUUUAUGCGUUUGCAUUGUAAGUGGAAAUGUUUGUUAAAAAUACACUGAUAUCUGGAAAGAAAUGAUUAAAUAUUUUUACAAGUGUC